AUGUUCUCAAGAAGCUUUCACGUCGCCCUCUUGUCUCUUUCCUUGUCUUUUGUCGCCCAUGGUGCGCCACACCAUAUAGUUGGACACAAUCAGCAAUGUCCGUCUGUGAGCACAGUCGUUCGAACUGUUACAGUUACCGCUGGUGCAACCGCACCCACUGUAGUUAACAAUGGCGGCGGAAAGGGAAAUCAAGCGUCCUCUUCCGCGGCUGUAGUGAAAACCACCACCGCUGAUAAAGGAGCUACAACUACCGCUAAAGCCACGACCACAGCAAAAGAGAGUAAAACCACUGCCAAAGGGAAUACUACCACUGCCAAAGGGAAUACUACCACUGCCAAAGGGAAUGCUACAACUACCGCUAAAGCCACGACCACAGCAAAUGGGAAUACAACCACCGCGAAAGGGAAUACAACCACUGCCAAAGGGAAUACAACCACCGCCCAAAGCUCUUCAGCCGCGGCCACAGCUAGUGCGGCACCAGGUGGAGGUGGCAACCCUCAAACAUCCUUGACCAUCGACCCUCGAGUCCUGGCCAAAGGAUUUGAGAAUGACGGCCAAGAUGUUCCUGCUGCCGGGCAAGUGAGGUCCUUGACAUCUAGCAACAACUUCAUCAACUUUUGUCUGAGCAUCCCCAACUUGCCCAUCACCAACGGCAAGCAAAUCACAACUGGCUCCUGCAAUCCUGCUCCCAUCGGUGCCAUUCCCUCCGUAGACAACAUGCCCUCUUCCAAGUUCUCCUUCCCCCAGAACUUUGGGACUCUGAAAGCCAAUACGGCUUUCACGGUCGAGAUGCAGAUCAAGAACAUGCAAACUGGUUUCUUUGUCAACGCGCAAGCGAACUACUUUGCCGCACCCCAGCAACUCAACGGACAAGGUCAAAUCCAAGGUCACUCGCACGUCGUUAUCGAGCAGCUCACUUCACUCGACCAAACCACUCCCACUGAUCCCAAGAAGUUCGCUUUCUUCAAGGGCUUGAAUGCUGCCGCUGUGGGUGGUAAACUCACUGCCGAUGUCACCAACGGUCUUCCCGCAGGCUUUUAUAAGCUCUCUUCCAUCAAUACAGCUUCCAACCAUCAGCCUGUUAUCGCCCCCGUCGCUCAGCACGGUUCUCUCGAUGAUUCCAUUUAUUUCACUGUCACAGCUGAUGGCCGUCAACUCGCUAGUGACACCAACACGCCUGAUGUCCCUCCUGCGCUUUCUAGCUCUGCUGCUUCAAGCUCAGCGGCAACAACAGCUAGCUCAACCUCGGCGUCGGAAGCUGCUGCUACAACCCCAGCCACAGACGCUAGCACGAAAAGCUCAGCAACAAAAGCAGCUAGCUCGACCUCGGCGUCGGAAGUUGCUUCAAGCUCAGCGACAACGGCAGUUAGCUCGACUUCGGCGUCGGAAGCUGCUGCUACAACCCCAGCCAGAGGCGCUAGCGCGAAAAGCGGGAAAAAGCGAAUGGUUUAUUAA